UACUGUCACUUUCAUUUGAUCAAAACAAUCACCAAAUGUAAAUAUUCUGCAGAUAACGAAAAAAGUUUUUCACUCGAUUUGUCUACAACGGAAUAAUUUUCGAUGACUAACGUUCUAUUGCUGGCUUUGGUAACCCUUCUGCUGAAUGGUGGAAGGUUGGUGUUGGCCGGAGCGGCCAAUAUCUGCAAUAAACUGGACGCCUGCCGAUGUGAGUAUCCAGAUGGAAGUGGAAUUGAUUUGAACCAGGUAGUGCCCAAAAACGGUGACUAUUUGGAAACAAUGGAUCCCAAGACUCAGGAUCGGUAUUAUUUUCAUCCCUGUUCAAAUAUAAAGUAUUUAGACAAGGUGGGGACUAAUUGUAGUACAGAGCAUGGCUAUACGUUGUGCCGUUAUAACAAUUCAACCGAUAACUACACAAAGCUGGGGACAGCUAACGAUAGCAAUUUCAACACACCCGAAGAUGGUCAAAAAUAUCUAGUUUUCAACACAAACUCCAUAGUGACCACGAUUCAGCUUUUAUGCUUGAAACACGACAAAUCAUAUAUCUAUGUUGAAAUGGAUCAAAAUCUAAAAGCAGAAAGUCAACCGAAACUGCUACUCUUCUCACCGUACGCUUGUACUACAACCAUCGAAGAAAUCAGUCAGUCUAGCGUGGGACAAGUGCUCCUGAUACUGUUUUUCACUGGAACUUUUACCUACUUCACGAUCGCUUCCAUCGUUCGAUUUGUGUAUUUUGGCGCACGUGGAAUCGAAGUGAUUCCAAAUCUGGACUUUUGGAAGGAUCUACCCGGGCUAGUGCGGGACGGGAUAAGCUUCCUUAGAGGCGGAUGUCACGUCGAACGGACACCCGAUCCGGAUUCAUAUGAUGCCAUCUAGGUUGGACUGAUCUGAGUAAUUUUAGUUCCUUUGUUUAAUUUGUUCUCUCUCCAUUGCGGCAGCUGAGUUCCAUGAGUCUUGAACUUAUGAAUCGUGAACUAAAUUUAGAUAAGCCAAAAAUAAUUUGAAAUUUAGUUAAGCCAAAAAUAACCUACAGAUUUCGCUACCAGUGUGUUCCAAAUUCUAAUUGUGAGCGUUGUUGAAUGGAAUCGUUUCUGUUCUAAUAGGGUAAUAAACAAAUUUAAAAGCAA